AGAUUUCACUUCCUGUUUACGUUCCGUAAAUGACGUCACGUCGAUAAGGUUAGAGAAACCGUUUCAAAACCUAAACAGCAGAGAAGUUGAAAAAUAUCCCAUCAUUACUGAAACACGUUCCGUCUCACUUGCAGACUGGAGCACCGGUGCGAGAGCGGGACCUUCGGUUUGAGCUGUAUCGCUCAGAUUUAAGAACGAAGCAAGCUACCCGGGCUGCUAAGCGAAGCUAACGCUAAUAUUUGAAAGCUAGGUAUUUGAAAACGAAAACAAUACAACUUCAAGACAGUGCCCAGUUUCUUUAAGGAUGGAGAGCAAAUAUAACCUUAAGAGUCCAGCGGUGAAGAGGCUGAUGAAGGAGGCUGCUGAACUGAGAGAUCCCACAGAGCACUAUCAUGCCCAACCACUAGAAGACAAUCUCUUUGAGUGGCACUUUUCUGUUCGUGGUCCUCCAGACUCUGAUUUUGAUGGUGGGGUUUACCACGGCAGGAUCAUACUUCCCCCAGAAUACCCCAUGAAACCUCCCAGCAUCAUCCUACUCACACCAAAUGGGAGAUUUGAAGUUGGGAAGAAGAUUUGUCUGAGCAUCUCUGGCCACCAUCCUGAGACCUGGCAGCCCUCUUGGAGUAUUCGCACUGCCCUCAUAGCUAUAAUUGGAUUCAUGCCAACAAAAGGAGAGGGUGCCAUUGGAUCUCUCGAUUAUACUCCUGAAGAGAGGAGAGCCCUUGCCAAAAAGUCCCAGGACUUCUGCUGUGAGACCUGUGGCUGUACCAUGCGCUCUGCCCUCCUGGAUCUAACCCCCAAUAGCAACCCUGGUGCUGAAGACCAUACGGCUAAAGAACUGGCUCAGCAAAUCAACUUUAAGGCAGAGUCCAGUUUAUCCAGAGAAUCUAGUGAGAAUGAAGGAGGAGAAAGUGAACCUUCAACCCACACCCAGGGACCCUCCUCUGCAAGCCAAGAAGCUGAAAAAGACCAGGCCGAACAGGUAGAGGCUUCUCAGUCCACAAGAGCGGAAGCACUUCAGACACCUACAACCUCCACAAGUUCCGAUCGUCCUCUCAGCCCCAGGCAACGUCGCGCCCAACAGACCCAAAGAGAGUCAGCAGCCAGCAGAGCAGUUUUCACACCAAUUCAUCAGCCUCAGGAUGAAAGCCACACAGGCUCUGCAGUUCUCAUUGUGGUGCUCACUCUGGCUUUGGCUGCACUCAUCUUCCGCAGGAUCUACCUUGCACAUGAGUACAAGUUUGACUAUGAUUUGUGACCUUCCUCCUGAGUCAACCGCUCGUACUACCAACUCCACAGAACUUUAAUUAGCUAAAGCAGAACCAGAGGUGAGGCAGUGGCUAACAGUGACUACAGCUGUCCUCCCUGCCUGUCCACAGAGGGUUCAGCCUCCACUUAGGGGGAACUUUCAUUCCUCUAAUCGCUAGAACACCUCCAGGGUGUCUUUAAUUUAAUGUGAAUUUUACUUUCCAGAGCAUCUUGAAUUUUUGUGAAUGGGAAACUUCAUUGUUUGUGACCUGUUAAACCACACACACACACACAUGUCCCCCUUCCAUAGAAAUUGUCUUACAGCUGCUGACUGUUUCCAAUAUUGAAAUAACAGAGUAACGUAAAAUGACAACAACAUAGGAUCAGGGGCAGUUGUCGUCUCAUACUAAUUAUUUGAUCAAGAAAGCAUCUGCACAAAUUACAUGUGCUAUUAUGACUUUAUCAUGUGUUUUAUCUUCCUGCAAGGUCAGCUUGGUCACAGUGCACAGGGCUCUGUUUUAAUGGUUUAAGGCUAACAACAAGCACAAAGUUAAUGUGGACAAUUGUUUUAAUUGCACGGGGGCAUUCAGACCAAUCUGAAUAGCAGAAGCUGCAGCUGCAUCACCGUGUGUCCUGCUACUUUUAGGUGACUGUGGGGAUUUAAUAGACUGAUGUAGAAGCUUUCCGUACACUGUAAAACAUCAGUAGUUCAAACAAGGACCAAGACAAAUAUUAAAAAACUAAAUUUCAUAAAUUAAUCUAAAUACAGUACAACAGAGCUUUUUAUGUUAAAAAGAGUGGACUAUAACGCAGUCUAUUCCUUUAUAGGUAUAGUGUCUUUUACUGAUACCUGUACCGAUAUCCUGUGCUAUAAUCACUGUCAUUUUUGUCUGUGUAUUUAUUUGAAAAGAAUACAAAAAGAGUAUUUAAAAUGUUUAAACUGAGAUUUUUUUCUUGAUUUCCCCCAAAUACAAUAAAUUUAUACUCAUCUUAUACAAAGUUGUCUGUGAAGAUCCAAUUAAUACUGAAUUAUCAGUGCAUCUAAAGAUUUUGUUAGCAACUUGUGCUACUGAUAAGAUGAUAACCCUUAGCUAAGGUACUGCAUAUUCCAGCAAGAAAAUACUAAACAAAACAACCAAAUAGUAAAUAUUAGAAAGGAUAUCGGCAGUAAAAGUUCAGGUAUAUAACUAAAGGCUAAAGGCAGAGGAACUUGUGCUUGUAUUGCACACUAGUGCACAGGAUUUUGGUAACGUGCACCAGAAUUGGUGAAGGCAUGUGUAGAAAUUAGCAACACUUGCUUUCAGUAAGUAUUUUAAGUCAAUCACAACAUUAAUUAUUCAGCACAACAAUGGUAAACCAUAUUCUUCCCAAGUUGUCAUAGCACUAUAGCUCCAUAGUAAAAGCCUCGAGUGUUAUGUUUCUUCACUGUCAUCAUUGGAUGUUGUCUUUGUACUAUUUUCAUUUAAAUAUAGGGUUUAAAUUAAUUGUUACUUUUUUGGAAAUGGGGUUAAAAAUUGAUGAAUUCUUUCAAAGUGAGGUUUAGGAUUAUGCUUUCUUUUCCUCUAAACUUUAACCCUUUAAAGCCUAAAAGAAUUGUCCGAAAAUUUGUUGAACAACCUGGGAAAUAUGAUAUACUAGAUGUUAUGGGGUCAAAGGUCUUUUAGUGGCUGAAGUGUCUAAUGUCUUGUACACAGAAACAUUUAAGACACAUUUCCAUCAGAACACUACCUGCUUUGUGCUGAAGCAUUUGUUAUAUGUUGUGCUGCCACCAAAAUAGAGCCUGGAGUGUAAAGCUUCCUAGUAAUCCUGUGUGACUGAUCCAGUAUCAGCUAAAUGCAUGUUUACUGAAGAACAUGAUCAGGGUAGACAGCUUUGUUAAUCUUAUUACCAUAGCAAUGUUUAUUGGUGAUGUCAUUUUAAGGAUUACUUGCUCAAACAAGACAGUGUCUUCAUAAACGUCUGCCAAACGUGCAACCAAGUGCUUACUUCCAACACAAGUAUAACUGCCUGGACUCUUCACCUAUCACACCAACAUCACACUUUGUUUCCAACACAAACUCGCUUUUCUGUGGAUUUGUAAUUCCAUUUGUUUCAGUAUCUUUCCUCUUUCGGUACUUCUGUCACCCCAGCUGUUUCAUGGUGUUCAUAGCACAUGUCUUUGCAUUCAUUUUUUGUUUGCCUUGCAUUCUCUGAAGUUAUUUUUCCCAGUUUUUAGACUCAGAAACUGUCUCAAGCAUUUAGUAUUUACCCUUUUUGAUUCAACUUAGAUUUAGAAUUUUAUCAGUCUCGUGAGACUCAGAGGAACAUGGAAGCAAUUUAAAUGUAUUCUUUGCACAUCAAAGGUGACAGCUUUCUGAUACGUAGAACGUCUUGGCUGCAUACAGAUAGGUCAAAGGAAGUUGCAACAGUCUACAGGAACAAAUUUGCCUCUGUAGUCUUUUUCUUCUUCAAGCAGCAUUGGAUACCUGCAUAUGUCCAGGUAUUACAUGUAGACAUUCAAGAUUUUAUUUAUUUUUUUUAUCAGUGUGCAUUUUGUCAGAAUUUCUUUAUGACAGUCUCUUCUGUCUUUAUUCCCAUAGCUCGUGUACUUGGAUAUAAACCGAAAAUAAAUCAAUUUCAGAUGAAGGAAUGUGUUUGCCAUGUGCCAAGUUUUAUUCUGUCUUAUCCUUAUUUAAUACCUUAUUUAGCCCCUCACAGCCCAUUGUUCAUCAGGGGGCUAGUUUCAGUUAUUGUGCAAAUGUACUCUUCAUAAGGUUGGGGAAACCUGCAGUAGCUGAGACUGAAGAAUCAACAGAUUCAACAGAAUCAACCUUUUGGGAUUUUCUUACCUGAAUGAUCGAGCAUGCAUCAAGUCAAACUCUGAUGAUCAAGUUGACCUCUUGCAGUUGUGUGCAGGGCCUGGAUCCCAGAAUGUGUGACAAUCAAUAGAUGCUCUCUCAUUGUUUCACUGCCUGUUAAACUUGUUACAGUUUCCUUUGGGCAUAUUAUCUUGCUUUUCAGGCUCUUCAUGCUCAAAUUGCAAGGUUUUGAUUAAAAACGAAUCAGGGCCUUCAGGACAAAAAAGUUGUUCGAUCAAUGCAACGUGUCUAAAUGCUUCAUUCAAAACACGUCAACACCAAGUUUGUUUUUUCAUUCGAUAGCUAUACCCUACAUUUAAGAAUUAAAAUGGCAUUAUUUUAUGAACAUUAUUUUUACACAGAAAAAAUUAAAGCCAGAUGACUAUCAAAGUGUACAGUAAAGCCACCCACAUGGCGAUACGACCUUUUAAAAGCUCACCCAAUAUCCACUUUUUGAAGUUUUCCACAGUGAAUGAUCAAAGGACAUAUCAGAUAUCUAGUUUUUAGUCUUCUAAAGACAUUGAAUUGAUGCUGUUUUUGUAGUGAAGCUAUGAUGCAUGCCAUGAUGAUGGUCAAAGUAUGUUAUAGAUUAAAAUCAGAAAGAACCAAUCAGCUAAGUAAAGAGAAAUGACAGGCCAUGAUUACUUUCAGAAAAUUUACUUUUUUUUUUCAGCUUUAUUUGAUAGACACAGGGAAGAAACGACAGAGAGAGAAGGGGAAGACAUGCGGCAAAGGGUCGGACUUGAACCGGGACCGGCCGCUCUCAUCCAUAUGGCACGUGGUCGCCCCCUGAGCUAGA